AUGGGAAGACAUCUAUCAGUUUGGGAGCAAACUUGGGCUUAUUUGUCUGAUGAUAUUCUUUAUCGCAGAAGACAUGAGCUGCAAUACCCUAAUCUAACUAUGAGUCAGGAUGAGUUACAAAUGUUUGGUUUGUUGGAGAUUGAGAAACUAUUGCAGAGUAAUGGAAAAUCAUUGAGAAAUUAUGCUGGUAUGCCAGUUCCUGAUAACUCUUUAGUCUCUCAAUUUAGCAAUUUGAUGCUACUACGUGAGUUACAGUAUGAUACUGUUUCUUUGUCUCGGGAGCAUGAUGCAAAUAUAUUAAAGUUAAAUGAAGAACAGAGGGUGGUCUACGAUAAAGUUAUUGAUUGUGUUUUGAAUAAGAGACAUGGAUUCUUUUUUGUGUAUGGGUUUGGUGGCACUGGAAAAACUUUUUUAUACAGAGUUUUGUCAGCUAGAUUGCGAUCUGAGAAAAAGAUUGUUAUUAAUGUUGCUUCUAGUGGUAUUGCUUCUCUGUUGUUACCGGGUGGUAAGACGGCACAUUCUAUGUUCAAUAUUCCUGUUGAGCUUACUGAAGACACUGUUUGCCGGAUUAAGAAGGAUAGCUCAAAGGCUGAGGUAUUUCAAAUUGCUGAUUUGAUUAUUUGGGAUGAGGCACCCAUGACUAACAAAUUAGCAUUUGAAGCGCUCGAUAGGACGUUGCGUGAUAUAAUGGUUUCGGUCUCUGAUAGGAAUAAAAAUUUACCUUUUGGUGGGAAGGUGGUUGUUCUUGGUGGUGAUUUUAGGCAGGUCUUGCCAGUUAUUCCAAAAGGAAUCGGGUCUGAACAAUCAACUGCUCAGGAGUUAAGGUUGUUUUUAGAUUGGAUACUUCAAAUCGGUGAAGGUCGAUGUGGAACAGUGGUUAACGAUAAACUUUUUGUUGAUAUUCCUUCUGAUCUAAUCAUUCCUGUCUUGGAAAAUCCAGUGGAAGAUAUUGUAAAUACAAUAUACCCGAAUUUGGUUCAGAAUUUUCGUGAUCCAAGUUUCUUCCAAGAUAGGGCAAUACUCGCUCCAACUGUCGACAAUGUUGAAGAGAUAAAUAAUUAUAUAGUUGAUUUGUUGCCCGGUGAGGAGAAAAAUUAUCUCAGUGCUGAUUCGAUAUGUGGUAGUGAUGCCUAUUCUGAUGUUGAUGUUGAUUGGAUAACUGUUGAAUUCUUGAAUCAGAUUAGGUGUUCUGGUCUACCUAAUCAUUCGUUAAAGUUGAAAAGAGGCGUUCCUAUUAUUUUGUUGAGGAAUAUUGAUCCGGCCGGUGGUUUGUGUAAUGGGACUCGACUUGUCGUGCGAGAUCUAGGGACAAAUGUCAUUGGUGCAGAUAUUGUUUCUGGUAGCAAUGUUGGGGACAAAGUUUUUAUCACCAAAAUGAGUAUGAUUCCUAGUGAUAUGGUUAUACCGUUUAAAUUCCAACGCCGUCAAUUUCCGGUUUCUCUGUCCUUUGCGAUGACAAUCAACAAAAGCCAGGGUCAGACAUUAUCAACGGUCGGUUUGUUCUUGCGUCGUCCUGUGUUUUCUCAUGGUCAACUUUAUGUAGCUCUUUCCCGGGUUCGGAAUAGAAAUGGUCUUAAGAUUUUACUUUGUGAUGAAGGAUUAGAUGAUGCUGGUAGGACUGAAAACGUUGUCUUUAAGGAAGUUUUUGAUAAGAUAUAA